CGGUCUCUGCCUCACAUCCCUCGGCUUCAUCUCUUUCAUCGACAACAGGAAGGCACCCUCGACGAUCUGUUGCUUUGACGCCCUCGAGCCUGGUCACCGCCAUAGUCACGGCACAGUCCAGUCAGAUACCUCGACGACAGACCGUCCUGUUUACGGAUAACGGACUCUUUCCAACACCAUGGGGCUUUUCACCAAGAAGGCUCCUGAGGAGCAUGUCACCGCCGACCCGGCGACGCCCGCCUACGACGAGAAGACGGGCGAGCACCCCGGCGACCGGUCCAGCGAUGAUGAGCCUAUCGGAAAGAAUGUUCAGGCCGGUGUUGCCAAGGUCGAGGCCAUGACUGCUGUCUGGACCAAGCGCGAUCUGAUUGCCGCCUACGUUCUCAUUUGGCUCUUCUACGUUGUCACCUCUAUCCAGGAAGUCUCCAUGCGUGUCUUGUCGCCCUUCGUCACCAGUAGCUUUGCCUUCCACUCGCUGACGGCGACUACCGGCGUCAUGUCGACUCUUAUCGCUGGUCUCAUCAAGCUGCCUCUGGCUAAGAUCCUUGACACUUGGGGCCGUCCCCAGGGCCUCAGCUUGAUGCUCAUCAGCUGGAUCCUUGGCUUUAUCAUGAUGGCUGCCUGCAAGAAUGUCGAGACCUACGCCGCUGCCCAGGUUUUCUACGCUGUCGGAUCCCAGGGCAUUAGCUACUGCAUCACCAUCUUCAUCGCUGACACUUCGAGCCUCAAGAGCAGAGCUCUCAUGCUCUCCUUUGCGACUUCCCCGUACAUCUUCACCACCUGGGCCGCCGGUCCCAUCACCAACAGUAUCCUCAAGAAGAACGGCAUUGGCUGGCGCUGGGGCAUGGGCAUGUGGUCCAUUGUGGCUCCUGCCGUUGUUGGGCCUCUCGUUCUGCUCUUCCUCUGGAACCAGCACAAGGCGAAGAAGAUGGGCAUCAUUGACGGCCGUGGAUCCAUCAGGAACAUUUCUGCCACCAAGGUUGUCAAGUUCCUCGUCGACGUCGACGCUCUCGGCAUCUUGAUCCUCGCCGCUGGCAUGGCCUUCUUCCUUUUGCCGUUCAACAUCUUCUCGUACCAAACCGAAGGAUGGCGGUCGCCCAUGAUCAUUGCUUUCAUCGUCAUCGGCUUCUGUCUCAUCAUUGGAUUCGUCGUGUACGAGAAGUUCCUGGCACCCGUCACCUUCAUCCCGUACAAGCUCCUGUUGGACAGGACCGUCUUCUUCGGCGGCUUGAUGUUUGUCUUCGUCUUCUUCAACUCGGCCGUCUGGGGUUCCUUCUUCAACUCGAUGCUCAUGGUUGUUUGGAACACGACCGUCGAGGAGGCCACCUACAUCAGCAACAUUUACCGCACCGGCUCUUGCUUCUUCUCCAUCAUCAUUUCGGCCCUGAUCUACAAGACUGGACGCUUCAAGCCGUUUGCUCUGUACUUCCUCGUCCCGCUGAUGAUGCUCGGCGUCGGUUUGAUGAUUCACUUCCGCCAGCCCGAUCAACCCGUCGGAUACAUCAUCAUGACGCAGAUCUUCGUCGCCUUUGCUGGCGGUCCCAUUGUUAUCUGUGGUGAGAUGGCUAUGUUGUCGCCUUCCGACCACCAGCACGUUGCUGUCAUCAUGGCCAUUCUCGAUCUCUUUGGCAGCAUCGGCAGCACUGUCGGUUACACCGUCGCCACCGCCAUCUGGACCAGCACUUUCAAGAAGAACAUCACCAAGUACACCCCACCCGGCACCCCCGUUGACACCAUCUACGGCGACCUCAUCACCCAGCUCAGCUACGAGGUCGGUAGCCCCGAGCGCAUUGGUAUUCAGCACGCCUACGGCGAUUCUCAGCGCAUCAUGCUCAUCACCAGUGUCUGCUUCCUGGUUGGCGCCUUGGGCUGCGUCGCCAUGUGGCGCAACAUCAACGUCAAGACGAUCAAGCAGGUGCGCGGAAACGUCGUUUAGAGAGAGUGGACUUUGGCGAUGAUACCCCUUUUUGGAGAGCUUGGGCUCUUGGAUCUAAAAGCGAAAUUUAUUCUUCAUUCUAGACAACCUCAAUGUGGUCGUCCUCGUACACAUUUGAUACGUAUUUUAAUCUAUGAGGGACGUAGAUGACGGCCCUGGCGCACGAUUGUACAUGCUCAUCAUGACCGUAUCUAUCUAGUAAUUAGCUUACGUCUCCAAUCAUCAAAGUUAUGUCUUUACCCGAGACUUGAUUUUCUCGCCGUAGCCUCACUGUAUUGAGCACCCGGCCGACCUUUAAUGCCAAACUCAGUCAUCCUUGUGA